UCGCCAUGGCCGCCGGCCCCGCGCCCCCCGGCGGGUGCCCCCGCGCGCAGAGGCCGCAUCUGAGCAAGAUGGAGCGGGUGGUCGUGAGUAUGCAGGACCCCGACCAGGGCGUGAAGAUGCGGAGCCAGCGCCUGCUCAUCACUGUCAUCCCCCACGCGGUUGCCGGUGAGGGGCCGCGGAGUCUGGGGUGGGGGGCGAGCGGCCCUGCCUCGGCCUCCCCCCACCCCAGUCUCUGCUGUGCAGGCAGCGACAUCGUGGAGUGGUUGAUCCAGAAGUACUGCAUCUCGGAGGAGGAGGCCCUGCACCUGGGCACCCUCCUCGUGCGCCACGGCUACCUGUACCCACUGCGGGACCCCCUCAGCCUCCUGCUCCAGCCAGACGACACGCCCUACAGGUUCCAGACGCCCUAUUUCUGGACGAGCACCCAGUGGCCAGCCGCCGAGCUGGACUAUGCCAUCUAUCUGGCCAAGAAGAACAUCCGAAAGCAAGGAGCAUUGGUCGACCAUGAGAAGGAGCACUACAACCAGCUGCACAGGAAGAUCAGCCACACGUGGGACCUGGUAGUGAUGCAGGCGAGGGAACAGCUGCGAGCAGCUAAGCAGCGCAGGAAGGGGGACAGGCUGGUCAUCGCGUGCCAGGAGCAGACCUUCUGGCUGGUGCACAGACCCCCGCCGGGGGUCCCCAGCGUGCUGGAGCAGGGUCCAGAGCGGGGCUCCUGCACAGCCAGACCAAGAACAUGGAUUUCUACAGGCGGGAGGUAUGUCCUGGGGGCCACUGGGAGGGGAGGGCUGGCUGACCCCUGCCCAGGCCACCUCACAGGUCUCGUGUCCCAGAUUGAGUACUGCAGGAAGGCGCUGGGCCGGACCCGGGUGAAGUCCUCAGUCUGCCUCGAGGCGUACCUCAAGUUCAGCAGCCAGCACGGGCCGCAUGACCCCAUCAUGUCUGGGUGCCUGCCCAGCAACCCUUGGAUCGCAGACAGCGACACCUACUGGGUCGUGAACGCACCCAGCGUGGCUGCGCCCACGAAGCUCCGUGUGGACCGAUGGGGCUUCAGUUUCCGGGAGCUCUUGGAAGACCCCGUGGGACGCGCCCAUUUCAUGGAAUUUCUCAGGAAGGAGUUCAGUGCUCGGGGUGGGCCUGACCUGGUGCCUGGACCCCCAGCCGAGAACCUCAGCUUCUGGGAGGCAUGCGAGGAGCUGCGCCACGGAGGGCAGGCCCAGGUCCCCGCCCUGCUGGACGCCGUGUACGAGCAGUUCCUGGCCCCUGGUGCCGCCCGCUGGGUCAACAUCGACAGCCACACGAUGGAGCAGACCCUGGAGGGGCUGCGCCGGCCCCACCGCUACGUGCUGGACGACGCCCAGCUGCACAUCUACAUGCUGAUGAAGAAGGAUUCCUAUCCCAGGUUCCUGAAGUCCGACAUGUACAGAGGCCUGCUGGCGGAGGCCGUGGUCCCCCCGGAGACCAAGCGGCGGGUGUUCCCGUUCAUGCGGAAGCCCAGGCGCUCAAGCCCCAGCCCUGCUCUCCUCGCUUCCAAGGAGCCCGCUGCCGCUGCUGGCGGCCCCAGGGGUGGUGACGGGGAGGCCUAGGUGGGCCUGACAGCAGAAGGAGGUGGCCAUCCUCGACUCUCAUCACUGUGCCCUUGGUCCUGGAAGCUGCUGAGACCCCGGCACGGCGUCCCCUCGUGCCCAAAGGGCCUGGCCUUGCUGCAGGGCCAGGAGCCUCUCGUGGGCUUCCCACCUUUCCCUUGGGUCCCCCCCUCCCCAGAAGGGACCGGUCCAGGUGCUGGCUCCAAGGGAGGGGCUGUCAUUGGCCGAGCUUGGGUCACCUGGAGAACGGGGAGAUGGGAUGGGCAGACCAGACUGCUGCCACGCGGAGCUCCUGGCGUUCUGUGGUCUUCAGCUGAAUGGCACUGGGUGCCCACGCCCAUCCCCAGAACCAUUAAAUGGGCGGCGAAUACCUGGGGAGCAAGAUGCACACACAGACUGGCGGUUUCCCGCAGGCAGCACUUGCCUGUGGUGAGGACGUGCCGGCCUCAGGGCGAGUUCACCCGCUCCACUCGCCCGCAGGAUGCUGAUGGGGACCCACAGAGGUGGGGACACACGGAGCUCCCCCAACUCCACUGGGGCCGUGCUCAGCCUUCCGACGAGCACAGAGCCGUGUGCGCAGGCAUCGCCCUAGCCUCAGCUGUCACUGCGUGUCUCAGACCUCGUCCUGAAGGUGCACCUCCGUCUGGUCUCCUUGAGGCCGUGGCUUCUCCGCCAGAGUCGUACAGAGGUGGCUCCCGUGUCGUCACCCCUCUGACAGCCGUCCUGGUUCAUGGCCAGGGCAGAUCUUUGCCAGGGCUGACAGGUGGAGUCUUCGGGGGAAGAGGUGGUGACACCCAUCACCAUCUCUCGCGGGGCCCCCAGACGCAGGCUGAAGGUGCAGCCACUCCUCUGGGAGGCAGCUCUGACUGACACAGCUGGGGUGCCACCCUUCCCACAGGGCUGGCCCCCUCCCUCCCUCUCCUGCCCACGCCUGGCACAGAAAUAAAAGACCUUCAGCCAUCACUCUAGGCCCUGCUGCUGUGGUCCAUAUUGUGGCGUGAGUGUAGAUGUAGGGUGUGUGUGCAUACGUGUGCGGGGGGUUUGCGUGCGUGUGUGCAUGUGUGUGUGGUGUGUGAGCAUGUGUGCGUGUGGGGGUGUGUGUGCAUGAGGUGUGCAGUGGUGAGGGAGGUGGUGAAGGACAAUGAGGGGAGUUCACUGUCAAAGGCGGUGGCUUGGAUGGUCCCAUGUGUGGGGUCCACAGUCGAGGAAGGACCCAGCCCUCAGUCCCCAGGCUCAGACGUGGGGUGUGGUCCUUGGGGAGAGUGGGGAACGUUCUUUGUGUUCUGGCAGGACAAGGAUGUGAGUGCGCCAGGGGACAGUGAGGAAACCAAGUCCAAGGGCCCCAUGGUGGGGAGACCCCUAGUGUUGAAUGCAGGGUCUCCUGGGCUUCUGGUGCCCAAGGCCUCAGAGUUGCAGGGAGCCCGGCACAGGCCGACCCCCAGGCACCGAGUGACUGUGCGCAGCUGCUUGAUUUACAAGUCCAGGUGCAGGAUGCCCACCUGUGACAGCGUCCCCUGGCUCAGGUCCCAACUCUGCUUACUGUCCCAGGGCUUGUGGGUGGUUCCUUCCCAGAGCCAGCUCCUCCAACCAGCACUGCAGGCCCGACCUAGACCCUGGGAGACUGUGGGUGGUGCUGAGCCCCAGCCCUGCCCGCCCCUGGUGACUUUCACUCACAGGACUCGUCAUCGCAGCCCCGUCAUGCUGAGGCCCUAUUGGCUGGGCAGCUUUUCACAGGGACAAGGGACAUGCUUCAUUCAAACUCAGCCCCCUGUCACCCGCCCCAGGCCUUCGGAUGUGGUUCUGUGUGGCUAGAAAACAAGGCUUUUGUAUUUCAAUAUCCACAGGAAAUUCCGCAGGAUCCUCCAAAGCCACGGCCCUCAUCACUUUGGUACCCAGAUCUGGUCUCACUGAGGCCCCCUGGGGGUCCCCCUGCCAGAGCUCACCCCCAGCCCCUCCCUGGCCAGCCUCGGGGACGCAUGGGUGCUGGGGGACUCCUUGCCUGCCCCAGGCGGAGCACAUCCACGUCCAUGGCUGGGUUUCCGGCUUGCUGUGGGUGGGGCGCUCCGA